ACAAUGGCAACAGAUAAUGUCUACAACACCUCUGUGUUCACCCUUUCUGGGAUAAGUGCAACUUGGCAAAGUAGAUACAUUUUCUUCGGCAUCACCUUCUUGUGUUAUCUUCUGAUUGUCUCUGUUAACUUAACAUUAGUUCUCACUAUUUCCUUAAGAAAAAACCUUCAUGAACCCAUGUACAUCUUUCUGGGAAAUCUUUGUGUAAAUGGAUUAUACGGAUCUGCAGGUUUCUACCCUAAAUUUCUGUCUGAUUUACUUACUGAGCUUCAAGUCAUAUCAUACACAGGAUGCAUUAUUCAAGUGUUAAUAAUUUACUCCUCUGUCCUAUGUGACUUUUCAACUUUAACAGUGAUGGCUUAUGACAGAUUUGUGGCAAUAUGCAGGCCUUUGGAGUAUCAUGCUAUAAUGACAAGUAGAACUAUUGUUACAUUAAUUCUGUUUUCAUGGAUCACACCAGUUUUUUGCAUGUCUCUUUUGGUUGUUUUAAGUUCUGGAUUGAUUCUGUGCGGAUCUCAUAUUGAAAAACUAUAUUGUGAAAAUUGGGCUAUUGUUAGACUUUCUUGUUUUCCUACUACACUUUGUAAUGUUUUUGGCUAUAUUGUGAUACUAACAUAUUUGGGUCAUGUGUUUUUCAUAUUGUUUUCCUAUAUGAAACUCAUCAAAACCAGCAUCACAUCCACUGAAGACUGGAACAAAUUUAUGCAGACCUGCACACCACAUUUACUUUCGUUAAUUAAUGUCACGGUUGCUUUGCUGUUUGACACAAUGUACAGUCGAUACGGGUCAAGAGAUUUUCCUCAGAGUCUCCGCCAUUUCUUGGCAUUAGAGUUCUUGGUGGUGCCCCCACUUCUCAAUCCCCUUAUUUAUGGUCUAAAACUCAGAAAGGUCCGAAAUGAAGUCUUCAGAUGUAUAAAGAAUAAAACUGUCAAAUUUGAAAAUUGA